UGGAUCGCGUGGUGAUCGUACGUUUGUGUUACGUUGUGGUAUAUUACUUGACAAACUAAAAAAACGCGAACUUUAUACUAAUCUGAAGAUGGCAGGAAACAGAUUGUUGGCCUAUUCUAUGCAAUGCAGAUGUUUAGUUUCCACCUACCGGUUACUAUACUUCCAUUCUUCCCGAGUUUCUGGUCGACUGGUUACAUGCAGUAAAUAUAUCAUGCAAUCCGAUGCAAAAGCUUACGACGAACUGAACCAACCGCAAUACGAAGCCGGUUGUAAGUUUAUUAAUGAAGUGAAUCUCUCCCCCGGGGUCAAAGUGCUUGACAUGGGCUGUGGUACGGGAAAUCUCACCAAAUACAUCGCUGAUAUUGUUGGGUCUUUUGGUAAGACGGUGGGAAUUGAUCCUGAUGUUGAGAGAAUCAAAAUAGCUCAAGAGAAAUAUCAAGAGGUUGAUAAUCUUCAGUUUCAUGUUGGUGAUAGUGUGACUGGAUUCCCAAACGAAAAUUCGCCAUACUAUGACGUUCAUAUAACAAUGAAUGCGUUUCACUGGUUUCCACACGAGCAUAAGAGGAUUUACAUACAGAAAGCCUACAAAUCUUUGAAGUCUGGAGGAAAACUGGUUAUUUUGUGCACAGAUAAGUUUGGCCCGGAACGAGCUGAUCAUUCCGAGGUACUUGGUACCCAUUAUUUGACAAAAGAUGAAAUGAAAAAGUUGUUUUAUGAAAUUGGUCUGUUCAGUGAAGUCGUGAUCAGCCAGAUCGUUCUAACAGCGAAUUUCAAGUCGUAUGAAAUAUUAAAGCGUUGGACCAAAGCAUCAACACAUCGUGAUAUUGAAGAGUUAGAUCCAGCUUAUGUGAAAGAGACUAUGGCUGAAGUUGCUACUUUUCACGACGAUGGCAGUAUCGUAUUGAUUAUACCGUGUCUUCAUAUCACCGCAAUUAAACAAUGAAAAGAUCACGUUAACAUUAGCCGAUAAAUACUUCUUUUAAUACGUGUGUAAUUUUAUACAAGUGUCCACAUAAUUUUAUACCUUAGGGCCUUCUCUCAAACAAAGAUUUUUUGAACCUUUUGUCAUUCUUCUCUUAAAUGGCUGCAAAUUCAACAACCGAAUCUAAUGCUUGCUGUUCUCAGUGACGUUAAAGGCAGGGGCGGAUCUAGGGGUUGUCAGAUGAAUCACGCGAUUAAU